CCUGAUGUGACCUGUGCAGUCUCUGCGGCGAGCUCAUCCUUGUACCAGUCAAGAUGGCCGGCAAAGAAGUUUCCAUAGCUGCCAAAGCACUGAGGGAUGUGAAGCUCGGGGAACUGGGAGCUUGGUUUGGAAGUCGAGAUAUGUCUCCCAAAGGCAUCAUCUCAGCCAUUUGCAGGGGCCGGGACAGAUACCUGAACAAGUACAUUUACGUGAAGAAGGGCGGCAUCGGUGGAAUAGCUAUGAUUCUGACAGGUUACGUGGCAUUGAGCUACGUGUGGGAAUACGAUCACAUCAAACACGAUCGUUGGAGGAAGUACCAUUGAGCUCAACACCGACGCAAUCGUCAUGGGUUGAAAUGGAUCUCUUUGCUCCUUGUUCUAUUCAGCUGUUGUUUGACUGUCAUGACCAAUAAACAAUAUAAAAGGUUUA